GGACGACGACGACGCUGGUGGCUGUCCCGGGCAGCCUGAAACCAUCGCCCUUUUAAGGGGUAGCUUGAAACCGCGCCUGGGCUCCAUGUUUGUAUCAGAAAAUCGUGAAGAGGGAACUCCAUGUUGUAACAAAGUUUCCUUCGCCGCUGUCUUUUUCUUUCCCCCCUUUUUUGUUUUGUUUUUCCCUUUCCCCAUCUCCCCCCGCCCCUCCCCCACCCUUUUAUUCCCCCUUCCCUUCCAUUUUAAUUUUAUUUUUUUAAAAAAAAACAAGCAAGCAAACAAAAAACCAAUCUGUUAACUCCUGGAAAAUUUCCCAAAGCGGCGGAGAGACAAUUGGAAGGAGGGAGGAGAGAGAAAGCAAGCUCCACACUUCUGGUCUAAUGGACAGCGGGUCCAUUAUCACCCAGGUUAGCAAGGAAGAGGUGAAUACUCCUCUGCAGGAGAAAGGUGCUCAGAACCCAUCACCUUCCAAGAAGCCCAGGAACCGCAGCAUCUUCCAGUCCCUCUUCUGCUGUCUUUGCCAUGACAACUCAGAGCCUCUCCCCGUCAACAACAAUGCCCCGCUGCUGGUGGAAGAAAAUGGCUCGGUGCCCAAGGCUACCGUCAAAUACCUCCUGCCAGAAAUCAAGCCUCAAGAUGCCAGCAAAAUAUGUGUGGUCAUCGACCUGGAUGAGACGCUGGUACACAGUUCCUUUAAGCCAGUAAACAAUGCCGAUUUCAUCAUCCCGGUGGAGAUUGACGGGGUCAUGCACCAGGUGUAUGUACUGAAGCGACCCCAUGUGGACGAGUUUCUACGACGGAUGGGUGAGCUCUUUGAGUGUGUGCUCUUCACUGCUAGUCUGGCAAAGUAUGCAGAUCCUGUAGCUGACCUGCUGGAUAAGUGGGGAGCCUUCCGCACCCGCCUCUUCCGCGAGUCGUGCGUCUUCCACCGUGGGAACUAUGUCAAGGACCUCAGCCGCCUGGGCCGCGACCUGACACGUAUCAUCAUUGUGGACAAUUCACCUGCUUCUUACGUCUUCCAUCCUGAUAAUGCUGUGCCUGUGGCUUCGUGGUUUGACAACAUGGCUGACACGGAGCUCCUGGACCUGUUGCCCUUCUUUGAGAGACUCAGCAAAGUGGACGACGUCUAUACAGUGCUAAAGCAGCACCGGACUAGCAGCUAGUGACUGCAGGGGGACUUUGGGUAGGGGAAAGGAGGAGUGUUUGCCCAUGUCGGCUGCUUCCUUUCAUUGAGCAGGAUGGCCUGCUUCCUCUCCCAGCCUAGCCUCUGGCAGCCUCAACAAGAAGUGCAGUGCACAGGAAACCCUGCAGGGGGAAGCAGAGAGCGCUUGUUUCCAUGGCGCAGCAGCAAAGACCCCAGAGUCUGAGUGUGACCUUGAACCCCCGGGAGGCAUCCUUCUCAACACUGUGUUUUUAACGGUUUGUCCCUCCCUCCUUUGAGUCAUGUCUGAGGGGACCAGGACCUCAGCCCACUUUUUUCCCCUCACACCAAGUGGGACCAAAACUGUGGUCCUUUUCCCUCUGAGCAAGGGGGAAACCAGAACCCCACCCCCUUCCCCUGUUGCCAGGUUGGGGAUGCUACUCCAGGGGUCCUGGAUACCCACUGCAUCUCAUAGUUGCUUAUAGAUUCUCCCCCUGCUUCAUUAUAAGUAUUAUGGCCUAGUUUUCUGGGUCUGGGGCAUAGGUGCCUCUGCUGCAUUUCUAGUGGCUACUUCUGACUGACUGGAUGGAGAUAUCCCAGAUGGAAAUGAUCCGACAGAAGCUGGAGAGGAGGUGACAGAGAACAGGCAGGAUUUACAGGGUGGGAUGCUGACAAGAUGUGGAGGGAUAGAUGGACCAUUUAGAGGAAGUUGGCUGUGUCUAUCAAAGAGAUUGCCUUUCUAGUUCAUAAAAGAAAGAGCUGAGGGUCUUUUGAGGGAUGUAACUUUCCUAAACUGGACAGCUUACUUGUAGGAACUACUGUACAGUCACUGUGAAUAAGUUGUCUAUCUUUGGGAUAGAUACUGGGUUGGAUCCCCCCCCCUCUUUCCCUUUGCUGGAGAAAGUCCUCAUAACCUCUUCUAAUUUGGAGAGGGAGAUCCCACGUUUUACUUAAUUUUCUGAAUGGGUGGUGACACAGCAGAGGAGCAGGAGAUAUUUUAGGUGAAAGGGGGACAGGAAUGGAGAGAGAGAGACAGAAAGUCUUCCCCACUGAGACAGAAGAAAAAACUAGCUCUGUCAGUUCGGUUAAUGGGGCCCUGUGACAGUGCCUUUAGAGGGGAGUGAGCAGCCCAGUGGUUAGAGCAGCCCGAAAUCCCAUUUACAGCUCAAGCUGUUUAGCCUGGCUUAACCCCAUCCUUUCUGCUAUCUGGAGACAAGGCCUGAAACUGGUUAUGUAAUGGCUUGGAACACGGGAAAGAUGGCUUGUGUUAUCAAACACUAGUUUAGAAGAGGGCCUGAGAUGAGAGAUGGGGUGGUUUACAGUACACCUGAAGAUGGCUGAGAGGAAAGUAGCACUGUUGGUUGAUCGGUGCUAGAGAGGAAGGUCGCCACCUAGAACAGUCAGGUUUGAUCCAGAAUAAAUUAUUUAAAAAGACUCAGAGACUUAAGAGUGUGGGUUGGUGAUACUGACCUACAAAACCCAUGUAGGGGUCAUUCUAAUUAUCCACCUUCAUACUUUUCUAUAGCCCGGGCUUCUCCGCUUCAGCCUCCAGCGUCUCCAGGGCCUCUUCUUCAGUUUUUUCAAUGCUGCCCUCCCUGUGACCAGAAAUCUCAUGUAUAGCCUGGACAGGAAGAGAAGGCCUGGCUGGUGCCUGGAGUUUCUUUCUCUGCUGCUGUGGGUCCCCCCCCCCUUUAUGCUGUAGUGCCUUCAAACCUCACAGGGCCUGAGGUGCAACUAUUGCCUGUGGGCUAUGGUUGGAAUUCUCUAACUUCCAGGAUUUAUGAGGCAUGUGAGAAAAUUGUGCCUUUUUGGAAGUUUGCUGGUAUUGGGAAGAGAGAGAGAAUGAACACAGUACUGAGUUGUGCUGGUGGCUAGCACCUCUGUUUCCAGUGUUUUGCCAACAGUUCAGCCACUUUUAUUGUUUUCAAAGGUGGCUUUAGCCAAAAUCAACCCUGGCCCUUCUCUCCCUUUUAACCAUAUUUUCCCCACUUCUCCCAGAAGCUUUUGAAAGCCUGUUUUUAGCAGAAGAGACUCUUGAGCCAGAGCAGAAUCGUCCUGGUUCUCUGCCAGCCACUUCUGCAAGAUAAUGGAUUUGCCUUGGUUUCUUUCCAGUGCCACCUUGAAUUUGCCUUAAAAUGUUUUUUGAAUACAAGAAAUCCUUGUGCCUUUCUACUAUUGGUCUUGGUUGUUUCGUUAAAGAAAGGACAUGAUGUCACAGCUCUUUAGAGCCUUAGCUCAUGUCAGGAUGGAAUAUUUUAGAGAUGCUGGGGGUAGUUUUUGGCUCCCUCAGUUGUAGCUUGUUCAGUGGCCCAUUGAUACAUAGCAAAGGACCGUGCUGAACCUCACAGCCAGGGUGCAAUUGAGCUGUCCCUUGCAACACAGUAUGAUCUUAUACUUAAAACUUACUAAACUGUUAUUGUAAUGGAUCGAGUAUAGUUGAAGUAGCUCAUCACUGCCAAAUUGGACCUUAUUGGGAAUACCGAAUGUUUAGAAACCUUUGAGCAUAGGGUUGCAUUCAUUAACAGGGGUGGGGAACUGGUAGCCUUCUAGAUGUUGUUGGACUUAACUGCCAUCAGUCCCAGCCAGCCUGACCAAUGGUCAAAGAUUAUGGGAAUUAUAGUCUAGCAACAUCUGGAGGGCCACAGGUUCUCUGUCCCUGCUUCUAACAGCUAACAGCAAUUCUAUCCUUUGGGAAUGUAAUGUUUAUAGUUUUACCAAAUUUAAGAUGAAUAUCCUUCAACAAUGAGAACAGCAGAUCAUGCAUACAGUGGAUAAAAUCCUUUUUUUUUUAAAAAAGGUUUCUUAUGUAAAAAAAGAGUUUUUCGAUGCACCAAUAAAAAUUAACAUUGCCAGAACACACACACCCAUCCCUCUCAAUCCAAAUCCCAAGGAUUCCUGAGAAAGAAUGAGAGGGAAGAUUCUAUGAUUCUAAGAAAGGAUUGAGAAAGAAAAUAUCCUAAAAGAAAACCCCAACAAACAUCUUCAUCCUUUUUGUUUCUUUUCUUGCUUGCAUAUCUAUGGCAUUUAUGCCAUAAAUCCAUAAUCACUCCUAGGGAUGCUUGAGGAAUUUAAUUUUUGAAGGUUUUUAUAUGAAAAGACCCAAUCCGCACCUCAUAGACUUGUGUGGAUUGAAAUUUAGCUCUCCACUGAAUUUUGCACUUCCACUGUUGUGACACAAUUCUCUCAGCAGUUAGACAUAUAAAAUGCACAUUUAAAUAUUUUGAGAGAAAAAGCACAUCUAAAUAUGUACUUAAAUACUUAAUUUUAAAACAAUAUUUAUUUUUUUAAAAAAAAACACAGAUUAAUACAGUGAUGAAAUGACACUAAGGGUAAAAGCAUGCCAAAGUGAUUUGGUCAAAAUAGACAAGAUUCCUAGUCACUCCAUUAUAUAUUUUAAUCUAAUCUGUAUCAGUCAGACUAAAUUAACAACAAAGAGGCUUGUGCUACCUUAAAUACUUGUUCCUACAGCAGCAGUCUAACAUGGAAAUCACCCUGGAAAAAAAUUAUGGCUGUAACCCUAUGCUCUCGUACUUGGGACAAACACUCCAUGUAAUACAGUGGGGAUUUGCCUCUGAUUAAACUUGCCUAGAGUUGCUCUGCAUGUCUCUCUUUCUGCCUUGCUCAACUGAAGGUGGCACAAGCACCAGUCUGCAGCUACCCAGUAUUCUCCAUUGGAGUAGCUACAUUUGGGCAAAUUUGUAUCUUCUGGAAUUCAUUAAAUUCCACUUGGUUCCCCAUCUCAUCCCCAGUCUCCUGUGUCAUGGUAUAAUGACAACUAUUGACCUGCACAGAGCAUUCAGCAAUUGUUCCAUUCUGGCAGUGCUGAGAUGCCCUUUUGCUAGAGGCCACGAGCCACUCAUGAUCCACUAAGCCCCAACAGACAAAAUGCACCUAGACUGAGCUUCAUCCAGACCCCUCUUUGUGGGGACCUGCCUCAUGCCCCCUCACUCAAGGAGAUUGUAUUUCUAUUUUUUACAGGAUGUGGAAAGAAGAAUAACUGGGCACAUUUUAGAUUAUAUAAAUAUGUAUGAUGUGUAUAUA